AUGGCCGACGGAUACAGUGACAGCCCUCAGGGCUCGACCGUUUUCGAACUGAACAAUGAAGGCAUAGUUCUUCCAGAAGAAGAGAGGGACUAUGUCCGCAGUCUGAUCGUGCAAGCCAUUAAAACUGGCUAUCGGUUAAUCGACACAUCUAAAAUCUAUGCAACCGAGGACCUUGUUGGCGAGGCAAUCAAGGAGUCUGGUGUAGCUCGGUCUGAGAUCACUGUUUUAACAAAGCUAUCUAGUGAUGAUCACCAUGAUGUGCGCGCAGCCUUUGAGAGAUCGCGGCGCUUGCUCGAUACCUACAUUGAUAUCUAUAUCAUGCAUUGGCCGCAAGGCUUUACAAAAGACGUGUCACGCCCAUUGGCGCCUGAUGAGAGUCCAACCUAUAUAGAGGUCUACAAAGAAAUGGAAAAGCUAGUGGGUCCGAAUUGCAGAGCCAUUGGUGUCGGCAACCUCACACAGAAGACGUUGGACAUGUUGCUCAAGGAAGCGGAAAUCAAGCCUGUGGUCAACGAAAUCGAGAUCCAUCCCCGGAAUCCUAAUAUAAAGUUGGUCCAUUAUUGCCUCGAAAGAGGCAUACGUCCAAUCGCCUGGGGCCCCUUAGCAGGCGGACCUACAAGCCAUUACUCGGACACCUCGCCGAUCUAUGAGAGUCCCCUCCUCCUCUCUCUUUCUUCACGUUACGAGCUCUCUGUCGGGACCGUCAUCUUGUCGUGGCUCGUUCAACGUGGAAUCGUCGUCAUUCCGCAUUCAAGCUCACUAACCAGGCUGGCCGAAAAUAGACGCCUCGCGAGACUAACGGACGGGGAGGUCCAGGAGAUAAACGCCUUACACGAGGAAAUAGGGAGAACGUGGCUUAUUGAUUCUGUGCCCCCGGUCUGGAUGGAGGUGCCAGGGAAGGGGAAGACGAUUAUGGGGUGGACAGUACAGGAGGUUGGCUGGGUGGAUGACAGGGGAGAAUGCUUGGUUUAA